AUGGCAGAGGUCAACCAUCUUAACGUUUAUAAAGGUCCUGACGCCGUCAAGGACUAUUUCAACCCGGAUAUUGCUCCUCCUCUACCUCUUGUCGAGAUCCCCGAUUGUCUCAACCCAUACCGCAGCGAUGGAGUCCGAAUUUACGCCAAGAUGAUGUCGAUGCAUCCCGCCAACAACGUCAAGGCUAUGCCAGCACUGAACCUGCUCCAAAAGGGUGUUGUGCCUGGCAAGACCGAGACGGUGGUUGAGUAUAGUUCCGGAUCGACGGUCAUCUCGAUGUCGUUGAUUUCAAGAGUCUACUACGGAAACUCGGAUGUUAGAGCAUACCUCAGCAACAAGACAAGUCAGGCGAAACUGAGGUUGAUGCAAUUCUUCGGACUGGAUAUCACUUUGUUCGGCGGCCCAUCACAACCCGAACCUGCAGACCCCAGAGGCGGUAUUCGAGCGGCGAAGGAUAUCGGCGAGAAGUCAGAAACGGCCAUGAACCCGAACCAAUAUGAGAACGACGAUAACUGGAAGUCACAUAUCCGUUGGACCGGUCCUCAAAUCCUCAGACAGCUGCCUGAAAUCAACCUUAUCUGCGCCGGCAUGGGAACUUCUGGAACCAUGACCGGUCUCGGAACGUACUUCAAGGACAACAAGCCUUCUGUGUAUCGUCUUGGUGUUUGCACAGCUGCUGGCGACCGUGUGCCGGGCCCGCGCUCAUACGCACUUCUCCAGCCCGUGGAAUUCCCGUGGAGAGCUGCUGUCGACCACAUCGAGCACGUUGGAUCGCAUGACUCCUACUCAUACUCUCUUAACCUCACUAGGGAGGGCAUCGUCUGCGGCCCUUCUUCUGGGUUCAACCUCAAGGGGCUCUUCCAGUUCCUCGACCAGCGCAAGGCUGCCGGCACGUUGAGCGAGCUUGCCGGCGAGAAUGGCGAGAUUCACUGCGUCUUCGUAUGCUGCGACCUUCCAUACCAGUACAUCGACGAGUAUUUCGCCAAGCUAGGCCCUGAGCAUUUCCCAACGAUCCACAACGAGAAUCUCCAAAAGGUGGACCUUCACCGGUAUGAUGAGGCAUGGGAGAAGGAGCCUGCGGAGGCGUUCAUGCACAUUCCCGAAAGCGUAAUCCCGAACGAGCUCAGCGAGAAGCUGCCGAGCACGCCUCGAUAUGUGGAUACGAGCAGCGCGUCCCUCAUCCCGAGGUCCCCCAACACCGUCAUCGUUGACUUGAGGCGCCAAGAGGAUUAUCAGACACAUCACAUUCCCGGGUCCGAAAAUGUUCCCGUUGUGGAGUCAAAGGACUGGGAGCCCUUUUCGGACGCAAAGAUUCUUGAAACCCUGUGGCUUAAACUGGAAGCAACAUUCGAACCGACAAGCGAGAUUGGAAAGAAGAUGGAGCAGCAUCGCUCAAAGCCGAUAUUGCUCCUCUGCUACAACGGAAACAACGCGCGGGUUGCCGCCAGUGUUUUGAGAGCGAAGGGCUUCGAGGCAGACUGCGUCCGUGGAGGCUUCAUUUCGUUGGAUAACUUGCAACAGAACCAGGCCGUUGAGCCUCCGACAUUGACUAAGACCAAUGGGCACGUCCACGUUCAAGAAUUGGUGGCGGGCGAGAAGCCUUACCUGAGGCUAGCAUGA